AUGUUAUCUACUUCAUUUGUAAAUAUCUUAGACUUUGUAAAUGUCGUGAAUUCUAUAGAAAAAAAGUAUGAUAUAAAUCAUCCGAAAUCCCUUCAAAUAAUAAAAUGUUAUAACAAUGAAAGAACAAUUUAUGAAAAUAUGAAAACUGAAGUCAACCAAGAAAUAUGUGAUGAACUUAAACAACUCAAUCAACGAGGUAUAUGUUUUGCUGCUAAGCUGCGUUCACUUUUUUGA